AUGAUCUCAGCUGGCCCACGCGUUCGGCGCAGCCUCUGGGGCGUUGUCUUGGGCACGAUGCUGCUCGCAUACCUUCUCUACGUGGCUGCGGUGGUAACAAAGGGUGCGUGUGUGGACCUCUCGGAGAGCUGCAACAGUCUCAUCGCGGCGGCUCCCGGAUCGUGCCGCGGCUCGCCCCAGAUGAAGCAGAACUGCAAGCAAGCCUGCGGCUUGUGCGACGAGGACGAGACGUUUAUGAAGGGCCCGUCUUGCUCGACCGAUGGUUGGUCGCUCUGGGGAGGGGACGUGGUCGUGCACGCUCAAGAGUGGCGAGGAGCAUUGGGCUCUUACCUCAUUGAGUAG